UCUACUGCGCUCCCGCUCGCUGUGCCCGUGGUGAGGAGAGGGAGACACGGAUAGGCUCGCGUCCGGGGUGCUGCUGGAGACCCACUUCACCACUCACCGUCUCCAAGGACAACAUUCAGGCCCCUGGACAGGAAACGACCUGAACAAAAUACCGAACCCGACACGGAGACACGAUCUGGACACGAAGCGGAAAAGCGGGACGUCUCCUCUCCAUCGGCUUUGCGCACGACCAGCCAUUAAAACCCUCUCUGGACCAGCGUCGCGAGCAAGCGAAGCACAUUGAUGCCAAGACAACGAUCACUAUACUAAUCCACUACGACAUAUUUAUGUUGUUGUUUUUUUCUUGAGCAUGAUUAUUAAUCUUUUAUUCAAGGAUAGAUAAUAACAUUACGGACACUGCACUUGGUGUUGACGCACAUUUAACGAGUUUCAGGCUCCUUACAAUAUCCUUAUGGUCUGAAACUGACAUAAACUAUCGAUCUGUUGCAUUCACUCUCGUUUUGCUUUUUAGUAACACUGUCACAUGUAUACCGACAAUGGUCUGAUUGGUUUCAGACUGCAUUAGAUUAUUCAGCCACUGGUGACAGUGUCUUAUAGAUCUUUCUCCAUUAAUAUAACCUGGGGGCCUUCUUUAAAACUGACUCUAUAUUUUGCAAUCAAAAGGAAUUGGAUCAAUCAUUCUCCCUGGAAAGUUAAAAGGUGGAGACCAGGUGCCUGGGUGAUAACACAUCCAGGAGGUUUUUCUGAAGCCUCAGUCACCCUUCAGUUUCAUUGUAUGGAAAGAGCAGCUUGGACAUUCUGCUGUAAACAACUCCUUUUGUGUUCAACGGUGGAAAGAAAGUCAUUUUGAAACAACAUGAGGGUUGACGGCUCUGGAUUGCAUGCUGCCAUGCUAUCCUUAGAUGAGCCAUUGGACCUGAAAGUGCCAAGGGGGCGGGUUAGUGGGUGGGACAGAGGCUCCAGGUCUCCACACUCUCUCAACCCCUCUCCCAUACACGCCAAGGGGGCCGGGCAGCUGCGCAUGGCAGACGACGGUACCGCAGUCAUCGUUCCUGCAUCACCUGCCUCCCCACACGCAGCAGGUGUCCUGCAGGAUAAAUCCGAGACCCCCACACCCCCCGCUGUGGACCUCAGUUUGUCCCCAUCGUCCCGCAACACCGCCUGCUCUCCAGAUUUCAGCAAUGGGAACAGCUCAACUCCCAUCUUCCCCGGGGAUAUGGCUCAUAUCCGUUACGUGGAGGGAGGGGCCACAUCUCAAGCUUUCCAGUUCUUCGUGCCCAUUGGAGGAGGAGGAGGGCUUCACCUGCCGUCAUCCAUGUUUAUUCGCCAACCCAAGGACAUGCGAGCUUCUCCGGACCUCUCCGCAGAUGAACAGCUGGCCUGUCAUUGGAGGAAGUGCCACAUGCUUUUUGACUCUUUGCAAGACUUGGUGGACCAUGUCAAUGACUUCCAUGUGAAGCCGGAGAAGGACUCUGGGUACUGUUGCCACUGGGAGGGGUGUGCACGCAAAGGACGGGGCUUCAAUGCCAGGUACAAGAUGCUGAUCCACAUCCGCACUCACACCAAUGAGAAACCUCACCGAUGUCCCACCUGCAACAAGAGCUUCUCUCGCCUCGAGAACCUCAAAAUUCACAACCGCUCGCACACAGGAGAGAAGCCCUACAUUUGUCCAUACGAGGGGUGCAACAAGCGCUACUCCAACUCCAGCGAUCGGUUCAAGCACACGCGCACCCACUAUGUAGACAAGCCCUACUACUGCAAGAUGGUGGGCUGCUUGAAACGCUACACAGACCCCAGCUCUCUGAGGAAGCAUAUCAAGGCUCAUGGGCACUUUGUAGCCCAGGAACAGGGAGGUCCAGGUGGGGUGGGCUCCUUGUUGAAGCCAGGCCAGAUCACAGGGGCGGGAAAAGAAUCAGAGCUCACUUACAUCAGCGGGGCCCACAUCAUCAUCCCUAGUGCUGCAGCUGCUCUAUUGGGCAGCCACGCUCUGCAGGGUUUGGGAGGCUCCCUCCCCUUGUCGCCCCUCAGUCCCCGCCCACUGGACUUGAGCACUCUGGGCUGCACAAGCUCCCCUCCAGCUGGGCUUGGAGGGACGUCCAUCCUGUCCUUCGGUGGUUCCUCACUCGGCUUGGCCAAAUCGCCCCUGCUGUCUCCUACCUUCUCAUCUUCCACACUUGGGCUACCCAUGAUACCGGUUUUGGGCUCAGAGCACAGGGACCACAGCAGGAGCAAGGCCAGGGAAGAGAAUGGGGGCGAGGAUGAGAUUCAUAGGGGUGUUCUCAACCUCUCUACCGGAGCGUCCCAUGACCCCCUGUCUUGGGUGGUCAUCCCUUCUGGCCAAGUCGUGCUGAAGCCAGCUGUGGUCAACUGAGCCCCACAUUCCAGAGGAACGUCAGGGGUGGGUCAUGCUAAGGAGAGGGAAGGGUGGGGGUGGAGCAAGUGUCAAAGGACUGUGGGGGAGUUUUCACAAAGCUAAUGCAGUCCGCACUGCUUGGAGAUGACACCAUCUUCAACAUUUUGCUUUCAUUUCAUUUCACUCCUAAUUUGAUCUUGUGGUAAUUGUAACAGUAUGUUGAGGUGGAUAACCAACAAAUCAAGCCUUAAAAUUAGUGUAAAAAUUCUCAAAAUCAACAGUGGGCAAACAUUCAGUUCCAUUCAGUUCUCUUUCUUUCUUUCUAGUCUGCUGUUUUUUUUUCUUUUUUUCUAUUUCACGAGAGCACUGAUCUAAUCGGUAGUCUUAGCAAUCUGUGCCCUUGUUUCAAGAGACCAUUUCCAUGCAUUUUUAAGCAAGAUAUAUUUUUGGACGAUAGUGUAUGCAAUACACUAAAGACACAUACGUUUUUAUUCUUUGAGAACCAAUAUUGUGAAAUGGACCCUCAAGCCAUUCCGUUAUGAAAAUACCUCUAAGACUGCAUAUAGCAAGCUAGAAAUCUUUGAGGCUAACUCACUCACAUGUGGGGUUGCCAACUGUCCCAUAUUCUGGCCGAAAUUACCCAAAUUUUCUGUACUUUGGCCGAAAUUAAACAAGAUGUUUUAGCAGAAACUGUCCUGUAUUUAAGUGGUGAAACGCUCAAGCGCAGAUAAAGGGGAACCUUAGUAAGAAUACUCAGUAAGAAUUAUUUUUUUAUUUUUUUAUUUUUUUUGCAGUGUGUGUCCUGUAUUGAUUUGGCAAAAUGCUUAAAGGGGACCCUGCCAGUCUGAAAGUAAAGCGAUCCAUAUUAAAGCACCUGUGUAAGUAGGGUUGCAAAAAAAUUGGCAACCCUACUUACACAGGAUUGGUCAAGUUUGCUAAGGGGUGCCAAGGCUGUAUGUGAGACUUGAGUUUACUAGAGCUUGGUUUUUAGCCUUUUUAGUUUCUAAUGACAAUCAGUGUCUGUCAUAUCAGACAAUAAAACAGUGCUAGCACUCCUGAGUCCCACCUCAGGCACCAGGUACCCUCCACACACUUACAAGUGAACUUCCCUAGUCCUAUUGUGAGCUAUAUGACAAACCUUGUAUUUGCUGCUAGCUAUGUCACUGCAACGCAAACAUAUUUCUUUGAAUUAAGAAUAGAUAAAGUGUAUGAAUUACAAUCUGCCCCCUAAUGGGGGGAGAAAUCGAAACUUUGACUUGCUCUAGUUUGUUGAAUAAGAGAUUUACAGACGCAAAGCUCAGAGUAACUGAGUUUCAAGUCAGACAAGGGCACGAACUCAGCUAGCAGUUAUGCUAACAGCCCAUAGGAAAAUAACACGUCACUUUUGCAAAUAGUGCCAUCUUCUGGUCAUCAGAUGUAGUGCACACUACUGGGUGAACCAGCAGCCAGAUUUAACAGUAUUGUCCCGCUUUGCUGUAUACUUGCAGAGCAGGGUAAAACAAAGGACCUUUGGUUGGCCUGGAAUGUUUGACACAUGCAUGUACCAAUUUUGGUGUAUUGCAACGAUUAAGGGCCUGUCUUUUUUAAUGCAACUUUGUUUUCAGAGUUUCACAGCCCCAUAUUAAAAAUAAGAAACACUGUGCCAAAAUUGAAGAUGUAUACCCAAAUACUGAAGCAAGGACUUAAUAGUAAAAUGCACGAAGCACAAUUUCGGCUAUAUAGAAAACAGAAAAUUAUAAGAAUUAAGGCAGUUUUACUUGACUGAUGCUGAUAACUACAUUAAACCCUACGGAGCUAAGUGUCAAGCUACGGCCUCUUUGAUCCUGUUUACCGCUGACCAUUCGAUGCACAGCCAACAAUUACCAGACAGUCCGCAUGAUGUAUUAAUACGUAUUGUAAACCAAAAGAUGGGAGAGGGAUUCUGUGCAUAUUUAGAUAUGUUAAGUUGUGCGACAUAUCGUCAAAGGUGCAUCGUGACAUUCUGAGAAAUACAUUAUACAUACAAUACAACACAACAUACAUAUUCUAUGCUAAUUAAUAAAUUACAGUAGAAAAAACAGCCUUCCAACCAAUUCUCUUCAUGUGGAAGUCAAAGCGGCAUGGCACUUGUGUUUGUAGGUGCAUUGAAGCAUUAACGUGACUCAAGUGCAAGGGACUUUAGUGAGUUGUGUCAUUCUAUACCGCAGUCAUUGAGUUGCGACCAAAUUUUCAAGAUUGUUUUUCCGCGAGAUAUCAUUGACAUUUCAUUUACGCUUAUGAUUUAGAAAUCAGGCACGUAACAUGGAAUGUCCUCUCUGGAGAAGUUUUUUUCUGUAUUAUUGUCCUUUGUCCCACGUAAAGUUUAGCAAAAAAAUAUAUUCACACUUCCCUAAGCAUGUACCCCGCCCUCCCUCCAAAACCUUUUGUCCACUCAGAGUCUUACUCCAUAAUGUUUAUGUUUUGCAGUUUGUGGAAACUAUACAAUUAAUGUGCUUUUGUUCUAACAUUUUUUCUGUCUUAUUUGGACGUGACAUUUCCUAAUGUUGAAGUUGCUUUAUUUCUCGUUUCUGCUAUCGCUGCUCUGUGGUCAGCUUUCUCCAGCCAAGGAGUCUAGAGGAGAUCAUAUACAAAAAAAAAAAGGAGGAGUGUUAUGAGUCAGGAAUCCUAAAGUCUAGUCAACAAAAAUCAUACCAUGUCGUCGACACUGUGUCCUAACCAGACGCCAUGCACAACUUGCGAUAAGUGAUUUGUAUGACCACACUUAAAGUGAAAAUGUCACACGAUGUAAGACAAUUAAUGUUCAAAAAUAUUUGUUAUUUAAUAUACAGUUAAGGCUCAGUCACAUUUACCUUUACAUGAUGAAAUUCCAUGGGCGAAUUACAGUCAUGUCAAUGGGAAUCCGUGGCAUCAGGAAUUUCACCUGAUGAACUUUCGAUAGCGAAGAAAUUUCACAGCACGAAUUUUGCGAGGGGUUUAAUUCUGGCACGUGAAUUCGCAGUGUUAUCCAAUAUGAAGUUGCUUGGUUUGGUAGUGACCUCUAUGUGGGCGGUGCUUGGUAUAUAUAUAAUGAAUCUACUAAAUAUUCUCAAUGGAAGACAAGUUUUGUUUUUCUUCACCUAUUUAAUUUCACCGUGCAAACUUAAGGACCAAUCAAGUCCUCAAUCGGUGUGUCUAACAGAAACUUACUUUAAAAGGGUACUCUCAUUUUUAUCAUGAGAGUUAAAAGCAGAGCUGAGUGAAACAGAAGAUAAAUGCCUACUGGCUGCAGUUUAGACAGCAGAAUGAUGGUGAUUCCUCGAUUUGCUCUGCUGUCCUUUAAAAGCACACACCAAAAAAAACAAAACAAAAAAAAACUUGAUUUUUUUUUUUUUUCAGGCAAAAGAAAAAAAGAUUAACCCGCUGUGCUCUAUAAAACCUCCUUACAAGAGAAAGGAGGAAAAAAAAACCACCCAAACAUGUGCAGUGAACAAACGCAAUCCUCUCAAAUGAGGUGUUUUUGGAACCAAACAAGCUCGCCCAAAAAUACACAUUCCGAAAGUCGCUAUAGUGAGCAUUGCUAUGUCUCCUAUUCAUUUUUAUACUAGUAGUUCAUGUAAUAAUAAAAACAUUUAUUUGUCAAUUUUCCCGUUCCCUCUCUCUCUCUCUAUACUGUUGCUGAUUGGAGAAAGCUGACACUGACACAGACCCAUCAAGGUCUACAUCAAUGUUCAAUAUCAAAUAAGCUGUUUAAACCUUUAACCCUUUGAGCACUCUGGAGCCGCCUGGACUUUCCCAACUUGGAAGACCAGGAUAUUCCAAAAGCCUUAUCGAACCAACGGUGCAAUCAGAUUAAUUCGCUGUAAUAGUUUGAAACUUAAGCAAUACAUUUAAUGGCAGGAAUGAUGUCAUAGCUAUAUAUUCAAAUUAAAAUAUGAAAUGCAGUAAAACCCAUCUAAAGUCAUCUGAGUCAGCAAAUAUACGGUACAGAAAUCAAGCACCAUAUUUGAAUAUAAUAAUAAUAAAAAUAAAAAACGAUUUGAGUUUCAACAAAUAAAAUAAACAAACAUAGACGGUUCUUAAAGUGCCACAGAGAUGCACAUAGGGUUAACAAAAAGACUAUGGCUUGAGAAGGCCGGUAUCUUUUUUAUUUUACUUUUUUUUUUUUUGCACAUUUUGAGAUAUUUUAUUAUCAGUAUUUUAAUUUUUUCCAAGUGCCUUUUAUUAUAGUUGAAAUGUAGAUGUAAUACAGUAUAUUAAAAAUAAAUAUAUAUAAAUAAAUAAAUAUAUAUUUUUCCCGGCAUAAUGUUCUGAAGCCGGACAUGCAGAAUUUUAGAGCUGUUAAAAGUCUCCAGUUGGUACAAAAUAGGUGUGUUCUCCUGUUUUAGAGGAAUUUUAUUACGAUAUUGAUAUGGAUGUCAAUGAAAAUAAAAGAAACAAAUGUUUAAUAAAUUUGCAUUUGAUUUAU